CAAAACAUUAUCCACCUCGCCCACUUCACUUCCCCCUCCCAUCUCCCAUGGCAACCACGGCGGCGGCGUCGCCGCCGGCGAUCGCGACCGCGCUCUCCGCCCUGCUGCGGCGACAGAGGAGGAGAAGCAGCCGUUGCGUGGGGGCAUCGCACGCCAGAUGCCUCGCCGCCGACGCGAAUGCUGAGGCGGUGGCGCCGAGCCGGAGGGGAGGCCACGGUGGGACGCGCCUUGAGGAGGCCGUGCCGGCCGGCGAGGGGCGCUCGAGGAUCGACGCGUGGAUCUCCGCGAGGCUCGGGGGCGGAGGCGUCAGCCGCGCGCGUAUCCAGGCGAGCAUCCGCGCCGGCCUCGUCGUCGUCAAUGGCCGUCCCGUCUCCAAGGUUUCACAUAUGGUAAAAGGUGGAGACAUUGUCAGCUGCACGGUGUUGGAGCUGCAGCCACUGAGAGCAGAGCCAGAGGACAUCCCACUGGACAUUGUUUAUGAGGAUGACCAUCUUCUCGUUGUGAACAAACCGGCUCAUAUGGUUGUUCACCCAGCACCAGGAAAUGCAAAUGGCACCUUAGUCAAUGCUAUACUUCACCACUGCAAGAUUUCAACAUUUACCUGUUUAGCACGUAAUUCAAUUGAUGAUGAAUGCCCUGAUUCUUCAGAUGAUGAUAUUGAUGUGUUUGACAUCGAUCAAUUUACUACUGGCGAAGUAAGUUCAGAAGUCCGUGAAGCUCUUGUGCGUCCUGGUAUCGUGCAUAGGCUUGAUAAGGGUACAAGUGGACUACUUGUUGUAGCCAAGGAUGAGCAUUCUCAUGCACAAUUAGCAGAACAAUUCAAGCUGCAUACAAUACGCAGAGUGUACAUCAGUCUUACUUGUGGUGCACCGAAUCCGAAUUCUGGCAGGAUUGAAGUUCCUAUAGCUCGUGAUCCUAACAACCGGAUCCGUAUGAUUGCCACUCCUGGAUCAGGCCAUAGAUAUGCACGACAUGCCGCUAGUAGGUAUAAAGUAAGAGAGGUCUUUGCUGGUGGUGGAUCAGCACUAGUAGAGUGGAGAUUGGAGACAGGACGAACUCACCAGAUUCGAGCACAUGCAAAGUACCUAGGGAUUCCCCUUCUUGGGGAUGAAACAUACGGAGGUACCAAAAGCAUGGCAUUGUCACUUUUGAGACCCAGAACUCCUUCAAGAUAUCAUUGUGAUCUUUCAAAUAUGAUAUCAAAGAUAGACAGGCCAUGUCUCCAUGCCGCGUUGCUUGGAUUUAAGCAUCCUCACUCAGGAAAGAUCCUUGAAUUCUCAUGCCCCCCACCAGAUGAUUUUACUGAGGUACUCAAUGAACUUCAUCAGGUUACACUGGCAAGUAAUGGUAAUAGUGGUGGCGGUGUUGCCCGCAUUUGUGAUUAGUGCAAGGCAGAAAUCCACGAAAAUGUUGCCGAGGAAAUGGUAUGCCUGCCUUUUUAUCUGACUUCUGCACUCUGAUCAAGGGGCAAGACUGCAGAUACAGAAUUGGAACUGAUUAUAAAGCUAGCUUCCCUUGUUUCAUACUCCGAAGGGAGGGGCCAAAAUGUUCUUAAUCAGUAGGUCCUUGUGCUCUCCAUAUCUUCAACGAGUGACCAGGACUACACCAAGAUGAUGAACAAGUUAAACUUAACAAGGAAGAUGCUUUGAGGAUUUUUUUUUCUUUUACAAGACCAAGAAACAGAGCUUUAGCACUCGGUGUACACCUGAUGUAGGAAAAGAAUGUGAUUCCUAAAAGUAUUCUAGCACAGUUCGCUCUGUUGAAUGUACAGAUAACUAAAAAACGCCAAAACAAAUCUGCUGUGCGGAAGGAAGAAUGUUAUCUGCCCUUUUGCUUUCUUUAAACCUUACCUUUAUAUACUAUAAUUUCCUACUUGACUGAACGGCCAAAUCAGGCCGUAAGUCUGUAACUCAGGCCUGUGUUGGUCGCUGGGCUCAGAAUUUUGCUGAGGAGCUCGAACAAGUGAUUGAAUACUCAUGAUAGCAUAUGCAAUUGCCAGAA